CUAGUCCCCGCCGCUCGCCUCUCUGGGCCCCGGGAGCUUUACCGCUCCCCCGACGUGGAAGAUCCCUUGCCCGGCCGUGCGCGCUCUCCGUCCGGGGGCCCCGGUCCCCAAGGUGGUCGCGACGGCGGCAUUCACAGGCCUGGACGCGGGGGGAGGGGGCGGACUGGAGGCAGUGGCGGGGUCAGCACCGGCCAGCGCAAGCGGGGCCCUGGAGCCCAGGGAGUCGGGGAAGGGAGGCCUGGAAGGGCCCUGGGGCCGCCCUCUCCCCUCCGGUAGAUGCCUGACCUGGGCUCCCGCGAGACGGGCGGUGCGGGCGGAGUCCCCCGCAGAUGAGCCAGCCCUGCAGGGAAGCACUCGCCCGCUCGCCCGCCGCCUCUUCCUCCGCACCCGGACGGCCUUUUCCCCACGGGUGCCGCACGGAGGACCGACCGCGCUGGCUCCGAGCCCCGAGCGGCCUCCUUGGCCCCCUCCCCCUCCCGCUGGCCGAGCUGCCCUCUGCCCAGGGCCCGCUCGGCUGAUGCGGGGGUGGGUGACCCGCGCAGUGUAAAGGUGCUUCCUGUUUUCCCACUCCUCCGUCGGGACUUUGGAAGAGGCCCUGCGUGUUUUAAGGCUGGUUAAGACGUAGCGGAAGCCAAGGCGCAGGGAUUAGCCCUGACUACAUGGAUCCCCCUAACCAGGAAAUGCCCAAGAAGAAAAAGAGAAGGCAUCUGGCAUAUUUCCGGCCCACUUAAAGUUGCUAGCCUACCUCCUCCUUGUAGCAUCGCCCGGAAGCAUCUUCCAUAAACGUCCUUCAGGCUUGGGGCAGGAGGCUGUGAGUUGGAACAAAAGGCUCCUGUGACAUUUGAUGACAUCACUGUAUACUUGCUUCAGGAGUAGUGGAUGCUGCUGAGUCAGCAACAGAAGGAUAUCUGUGGUUCGGAAAAGCUGGUGGCUCCACUAGAACCAACUGUUGCCAACCCAGAGCUGUUCUAUAAGUUUGAGCAAAGGCCAGAGCCAUGGCCAGGCAGUGUAAGGGACCAGAGGAGUGUCCCGAGCCAGCACCCAGGGAAAAACAAGAUGGGCCGCAUGGAAGAAAGGGACUCACGAAGUCCAGCAGGAGAAGCCAGACGGGACCUGCCCCCACAGAAGAAAGCCUGCCUUUCCCACUUCAUCACUGAGCAUGGCACCACUGAGGUAGACUGUGCAGAAAGAAGCAAAAAACCCUUGAAACCCCACUCUAUCCAGAAGUCUUGGUUUACGCAGUUCCCAUGGUUGGUCAUGAAUGAGGAGCAGACGGCUCUCUUUUGCUCUGCUUGCCGAGAAUAUCCAUCUGUCAGGGACAAACGGUCAAGAUUGAUAGAAGGUUAUACAGGACCAUUCAAGGUGGAGACUCUCAAAUACCACGCCAAGAGCAAAGUUCACCUGUUCUGUGUCAAUGCCUUUGCAGCACGGGACCCCAUCUGCGCAGUCCGUUUCCAGAGUGUCCGAGAGGAAUGUGGAGAUGUCCUGGCCAGCCCAGAGCACCUCUUCACGGCAAAGUACCCCAUACUGUACUCCCCGGGGGCUCUGGAAGCCUCUGAUAACAUGGCCCAGCUCCUGCCAGCACAGGGGCUGAACUGGAGGACCCCGGGGGGAAUGGAGCAGUUCCUACACUGUAUCUAGACUGCAUUCCCGAGUUGAGGCAAAAAGAAAUUGCUGAUGAUGCCCACAGCUCCUCAAAGGUCAACAUUUUGCACGAUGACACUGCUGAACCCUGUGGCCAGGUAAUGUGUUUGUAACGAUUGCUGUGUCUCAAGGGGGAAAGAUUCCAUGCUAGCAGCAACAGGUAUCACAAGACAAUGACGGAAAAUUAAUAGUCAUAUCUGCUGUGAACAUUAUAACAUUCCAUACACUAACAUACUUAGGAGGCACUAGGUGUGGUUUUGGGUGCUUAACUAGUGUUAUCUCAUUUAUUUAAAGGUUUUCUUGUUUAUUUUAGAGAGUGAGAGAGUACGCAUGGGGGGAGAAGCAGAGGGAGAAGGAGAGAGAGAAUCUCAAGCAGACUCCACACUGAGCGUGGAGGCCGAUGCGGGGCUGGAUCUCACCAGUCUGAGAUCAGGACCUGAGCCGAAACCUGCACUUAACAACCGAGCCACCCAGGUGCUCCAUGUUAUCUCAUUUAUUUAAGACCACAGCCCUAUUAUUUUCAUCUCCUUUUGCAGAUAACAAAACAUAAUUAGUGGGACAAAACAUUCCAGCUUCUGAUAAAAAGGAAACCUCUAAGUUCAAGAUAAUAAUCUUUAUCCAGAAUCCCAAACAGUCACAGAACUCAGUAAAUAAUACACGGGCACAAAACCCCAGAGCUCUUAAAUAAUUUC